AGCCAGCGGUCACGGUCUACUGAAGCCCCGAGUUUAUUCAACGAUGUUAAUGAAGACCUCCUCCAUCGCCUUCACUUUGCUCUCCUUUGGUUUAUUGGAUUUGGCUUCUGCUGCUCCUCGUCCUGUCAAACGGCAAUUAGCACAGAUAUACGACCGUUGUACAGAGCCGAACACGGUUGCUCUCACAUUCGAUGACGGUCCUUAUAUCUACGCACGCGACAUCAGUGACGUACUGACGCAAAAUGGUGCGAAGGGGACUUUUUUCUACAAUGGCAACAACUGGGAUUGUAUCUACGAUCAAAACAUAAUGGAUAACGUCCGAUAUGUUUAUGGUCAAGGACAUCAAGUAGCUUCCCAUACCUGGCGACAUGCGGAUUUGUCAACGCUUAGCUGGGAUCAAGUUCACGACGAAAUGUGGCGCGUCGAACAGGCUCUCCAACGGAUCGUUGGUGUCGUACCAGCGUUCAUGCGACCGCCCUACGGAAGCUACAACGACAACGUCAGAGCCGUAGCCGCUGCCCGUGGCCAAUCUCUAGUUCUAUGGGACUUUGAUGCUGGCGACGCCGAUGGGAAACCACCCGCAGAUAAUAUCCGGGACUAUACUGAUAAGAUCAACCAACACCCGAAUACGUUGUUACCUCUUAACCAUGAGACUUAUGAAACGACUGCACAUCAAGUUAUCCCUCAAGUUGUGAGUCAACUAAAGGCAGCUGGGUAUAGGAUGGUUACGGUCGCUGAAUGUCUGGGAGGGAUGAAUCCGUAUCAGAGUGUUGGGGAGCCUGGUACGCCGGAUGGGAGCUGGAGUUGCUAAAUGUUCAACGUCAGACCUCCGAAGACGGGAUGGGUGUUGAUGCUGCUUUUCGAUACCCGAGCUACCCAGUUUGAACAAGUUACAGUUAUACGGUUCAUGGACUUUUUGAAGGACUCGUCACUCCUUACUUAUAUUUGAAAGUGGUAGUACUACUGUUUUUUCUUUGUUUAUUAAUAAUACCUUCAACGAGAUUCACGAUUUUCUGUUCGAUCGCCUGACGUCGAGGAAUGGAUAUUGGUGCUGUUACUUGUGAUUAUCGAGCAAGUAACCAUAUUUACCGC